GCCUCGUGCGGCGGUGCCGGGACCCACCGGGACCCCCAGGGACCCCCAGGGACACACCGGGACCCCCAGGGACACACCGGGACACACCGGGACCCCCGGGGAUCCCCGGGCCAUGAGCGCCCCGGAGCCGCCGGGCCGCGGGAUGCUGUUCGCCGAGACCCAGCUGAGGCGGCACGGCUGGCGCCGAGGGCAGGGGCUGGGCAGGCGGCAGGACGGCAUCGCCGAGGCCAUCCGGGUGAAGGUGAAGUGCGACACGGCGGGGGUGGGACACGACGCGGCGGAGCCCUUCACCUUCCACUGGUGGGACCACGUCUUCAACAAGGCGGCCGCCAACAUCGCUGUGGAGGCCGGGCAGGAUGGCAUCUCUGUGAAGGCACUUUCUGAGCAGGCAGGCAGCAUCAGCAAUAAGAAGCCACGCAAGGCUGGCAGCAGUGGGAGCCUGCUCUACGGCCGCUUUGUGAAGUCAGCCACGCUCACAGCCUGUGGGGAGGAGGCUGUGGCACUGCCCGCCGGCUCUGAGAGCAGCCAGGAGGAGGAGGAGGAGAAGCUGGACCUCUCUUCGGUCAGGAGGCUGACGGACGAGGAGCUGGUGCAGGCGUGCGGGGGCCGCACAGCACACAAGGGUGCCCGUCACGGCCUGACCAUGAGUGCCAAGCUGGCACGCCUGGAGGAGCAGGAGCGAGCCUUCCUGGCCACGUACCGGCAACGGGGGCAGCAGCAGGAGCACCCAGACAGCAGCCAGGGCAAAAAGAAGAAAAGGAAACAGUCCAGGGAUGGAGCCGAGGUGCCACAGAGCCAGGAACCAAACACAGAACAGGAGGAGGUGUUGGAAGAAGAAAAGGUUAUGAAGAAGAAGAAGAAAAAGAAGCAGGGGUCAAGCCGAGAAGAGGAGCUGACAGGAGAGGAAGUGGUCGUGAGGAAGAAGAAGAAGAAGAAGAAGGUGAUCACAGAGCCGUGUGGAGAAGAGGUAUCAGGAGAGGAGGGGAAGGUCAUGAAGAGGAGGAAGAAGCCAGAGCAAAGCACAGAUGAGGAGGUGGUGGAAGAGGAUGGGAAGGCUGCAAAGAGGAGAAAGAAGAAAAAGAAGAAGAAGCAGGAAGAGCAGGACAGAGAAGAGCCAGCUGAAACAGAUGUACCUCUGCAAGAGACAGAUGAGACAAACUUGGGAUACAGCCCUAUAAAGAAGAGGAAGAAGAAGAAGAGGAAGAAGGAGCCAGAAUGAGCAAGUGACUGUGCAGCUGCCAGUGCCACCUGGCUGUAAGGGUCCUGAUCCUGGUGCUGGUGGGUGCUCUGAGCUCGUUCCAGAUGGAGCCCAGCACUGUGGCCCAGCUGCCUGGGGAUGCUGGGCUAGGACAAGUUGGUCU